CAUUUGUUCUUCUGCAAUAUCACUUCUAUUUCUCCCUCCUUUCACAAGGAAGGGCGUAGAAGAACCCACCAUAAUAGUUCUAUAACCAGAAAAAAAAAAGACAUUUAAAUUUCAUCAUCAAACAAAACAGAGAAAACCAAAUGGGUAUUAAGAUCUUGUUGAUUCUUGGCCUCUUGGCCCUGGCCGUAGUCGCCGAGUCAGCCAAUGCCACAUGGACCCUGACCAAAUCUUGUGUCAAUGGCCAAGGUUGCAUUGGAGAGGAUGGUGAGCUUGACUACUUGAUGGAUUCGGAGACCAACCGGCGCCAACUAGCCGCGAGGCGCAGCUACAUCAGUUACGGUGCUCUCAGGAAGAACAAUGUGCCUUGCAGCCGACGUGGCCGGUCUUACUAUGAUUGCAAGAAGAGGAAAAGGGCUAACCCUUACAGGCGUGGCUGCAGCGUAAUCACGCAUUGCUACAGGCAAACUUCUUAAUUUCGAGAAGCAUUUAUACAAACAAUAUGAUUGAAGAAGCGAGAGGGCAAAUAAUGCAAAAAAGUUGAA